CGUCUCCAUGACAACCAGACAACCAGAAGUGAAAAGUUUGUUUAUCAUUAGAAAUCUCCUGGGAACCGUGUUUUCCUCUUCCCCGCAAGGUGAUUCGCCCAACAGAUGGAAAGUCCUCGUAUCGGAGUGGUGAGAGAGUCUAUGCUGCUUCGACCUCUCCUAAUUAAGCCUACUCUUGGAAAGACCAAGUCAAGAGGUUUGUCAUGUCCAGGACCUGACUUUGUUUAUGGAACAGCGACCACAGUCCAGGAUGGAGGAGUGCCAGAAGCCAUCUCCAGCUGGCAAACUCACACUAUGUCCACAAGAAACAGGACAGCUGAGAGGGAUUUUAUCGCCCUUAACCGUGAGGGUGUCAAGUCAGGAUUGGUUACUGCUAAAGAGCUGCACCACUACCGCGCCACCCACGAAAUCAGGCGCCAGCCACUGACCAGAGAGAGCUUUCGCAGGUCUGCUCCACCUCGCAUACCACCAGAUUGUUCAUUUGGUAUUUCUAACAGACCAUCUACCCCAAUCUCAGAGCUCAUGGAGUAUAAGUAUGCUCACAGAUGGCUGGAAGAGCAACAGGCAAAGGACAGGGUUCUACAGGCUCACCAGCUCAAGAAGGUUCAGCUUGGACGUAUACAGGAUACACGAACAACUGUCCUCCGCAAGAGUCGCCCCUUGCCUGAGGCCCCAUCCACGUGGAAACUGCCUCGUUUCCAGCAGGUGGGGCCAGCUUUGGACACCUUUCGAGAUCCUGAAGCCAAGAAAAGAGCUAUGGGUGCCCACUAUGCCGAGUCUGCAAGUAGAAGAGGGAUUCUGGGGCAAGGCACUUACACAGUGGAUUGACAGAGAUUGCAGUUUUUACCUGUACAUCUCAAUGCUUCUGUUGAUCAGGCUACUUUUAGAAGUAUUAUUCCCUUAAUAAAU